AUGGUCAGAAAGGACAGUGAAAGCAGCUGCUCGAGCGAUGAUAGUCAUCAAGCAGAGGACUACACUUUGGCCAACGACGCCAUCGUCACAAAAUACGGAGUUGCUGCUGAAAUUACAAAUGCUGCCUUGAAGGUAUAUUUUAAUUCUCAAAUAAUCUAAGAUAUAAAAGCCAAUUUUUUUGAUUUUUAGGCAGUCAUCGCUGCUGUCAAAGAAGGAGCAGUUGUAGGAGAAUUGUGCGAUUUGGGAGACAAAUUCAUUCUCGAAAGAACCUCAAAAUUGUACAAAAAAGAGAAGGGUUUGACCAAGGGUAUCGCUAUGCCAACCUGUAUUUCUGUCGAUAAUUGCAUCUGCCAUUUCUCGCCACUUCGAUCCGAAGCUCCAGUUGUUUUGAAGAACGGACAAGUUGUCAAGAUUGAUUUAGGAACCCAUAUUGAUGGACUCAUCGCUACCGCUGCACACACAGUUGUUGUUGGAGCCUCGAAAACCAAUAAAGUUACUGGAAAAAUUGCUGAUUUGAUCCGUGGAACAUACGAUGCUCUUGAAGUUGCUGUUCGAUCAUUGCGCCCAGACACUCAAAAUAUGGAUAUCACUAAGAACAUCGAUAGAGUUGCUGCGGAAUAUGGUGUCACUCCAAUCGAGAAUAUGGUCUCACACCAAUUAGAACGAAAUGAAAUUGAUGGAGAAAAGCAAAUCAUCCAAAAUCCAGGAGAGAAACAACGAUCAGAAGUUGAAAAGGUAGGAAAAUUCCAAUUUUUCUCUUUCUCUGAAAAACAUUUGAAAUUUCGCAGGUUAAAAUCGAGAAGCACGAAGCUUAUGCCAUCGACAUUCUUUUUCUCAACUGGUCCAGGAAAAUCAAAAGAUUUGGAUACCCGUACCACAGUCUUCAAGAAGAACGAAUCUGUUCAAUAUCAACUCAAAAUGAAAGCUUCGCGUGUCUUCUACACUGAACUCAACAAAGUGGUAUGUUAGGGAAUUCGAGAGUCUGAAUCAUGAAUUUUCGAAAUUUUCAGCAUGGACCAAUGCCAUUCUCAUUGAGAGGAUUUGAAGAGGAAGUUAAAGCCAAAAUGGGAGUUGUUGAAUGUGAGAAAUACGGCCUCCUUUCCGGAUAUCCAGUAAGUUGUUUUCAUCGAAAAAAAAGUGAAAAUAAAAAAAACCCUAUAUUUUUAGGUCUUAUACGAGAAGGAAGGCGAAUUCGUUGCUCAAUUCAAAGCAACAGUUUUAGUCAUGCCAAACGGACUCUUGAAAAUCACCGGACUUCCACUUGAAACCGAAGUCUACGAAUCUGAAGCCACCCUCAAGGAUCCUGAAUUGGUUACCAUCUUCAAAUCCGCCUUGAAGCCAAAGAAGAAGAAGGAUGCUGCCAAGAAAGAUGCCCCAGCCGCUGCUGCUCCAGCUCCAGCCAAAAAGGCCUAA